AUGAGCGAGGUUAGGUUGAAUGAGAGUGGCGGUGGUGGUGGUCUUUGUAUCGGUGAUGGGAAGAGUUAUAGUAGCAGAGGGUUGGGGAUGAGUACCAUCAACAAAUUUCCAUACAUCAUGGCCAAUGAGAAAGGAUUUGAUUUGACGAAGCCAGAGAAGAUAAUUAGAAUCGGUAAGUUUGAUGAAAUGGGAGGAGUUUGGGAGGGAAGACAUGGUGGAAGAGGAAGAGGAAGAAUCGGUGGACGCCAUCCUAGGGUUUAG